CUCUGUGUUAAAAUACAAAGAAUCUAACAAAAUGAGUGGACAACAAUACUACCCGUACAAGUGCACCCCCACGGUGUUUCCCGCGGAGCCGUUCGACCCGGCCGCGGAUGCGGAGACUCUCCGCAAGGCCAUGAAGGGCUUCGGCACAGACGAGAAAGCCAUCAUCGACGUGCUCUGCCGUCGCGGCAUCGUCCAGCGUCUGGAGAUCGCCGAGACCUUCAAGACCAACUAUGGCAAGGAUCUAAUAAGCGAGCUCAAGAGCGAAUUAAGCGGCAACCUUGAGAACGUGAUCAUCGCUUUGAUGACCCCCCUGCCUCACUUCUACGCCAAGGAACUCCACGACGCCGUCGCCGGAAUUGGCACUGACGAGGAAGCCAUCAUUGAGAUCCUCUGCACACUUUCUAAUUACGGCAUUCGAACCAUUUCUGCUUUCUAUGAGCAACUGUACGGCAAGAGCUUAGAGUCCGACCUGAAAGGCGACACUUCUGGGCAUUUCAAGCGCCUGUGUGUGUCUCUGUGUAUGGCCAAUCGAGACGAAAACCAGGGCAUCGACGAGGGUGGCGCCAAGGCCGACGCGGAGUCUCUGGCCGCCGCCGGAGAGGGUCAAUGGGGCACGGACGAGUCUGUCUUCAAUUCUAUCCUUAUCACUCGCUCUUACCAACAGCUGAGACAGAUCUUCGCUGAAUUCGAGGCGCUGACCGGUAAGGACAUCGAAGAAUCCAUCAAGAAGGAGUUCUCUGGAAGCGUCGAGAAAGGAAUGCUUGCUAUCGUAAAAUGCGUGAAGAGCAAAGUGGGUUUCUUCGCUGAGCGCCUGUACUACUCAAUGAAGGGCCUCGGCACCAACGACAAGACGCUAAUCAGAAUCAUCGUGAGUCGCUCUGAAAUCGACCUCGGAGACAUCAAACAGGCCUUCCUGGAGAAAUACGGAAAAUCCCUCGAUACUUGGAUCGCUGACGAAAUUGGAGGUCCGCUGGGCCGACUCCUUUCUGCGAUGUGUUACUAAAGCCACAACGAGCUAAAUACUUAAAACUCAGUAUUACGAGUCGUCGUAGCCAUGUUACAGUAACAAGUGCUGUGUGAAUAAAUAUAACAUAUUUUUUUUUAUUGUAUACGGUUACACUAUACAGUAAUGCAUUUUGGAGACAUUUAUUUACUUAAUUAUUAUAAGCUGUGGAAUCUUUAUUUUUUUAUAAUCUCGUAAAUGUAAUCUCAUGCUUAGAAUUGCACGUUGUGUAUUUGAACAAUCUCAAAAUAAUGGGCCAGUUUCAUAAAUUAAAUUAUUCUAACGUGUUAGUAUUGCUUUUUUUCAAUAUUGUUUACAGGAAGACCUAACUGGUGACUUCAGGAAUGUGCUAGUCGCACUUUGUUAUUAAUCCUGCAAAAUUGUUAUUUAAUUUCGUUUAUUUUUAAGUUUCUAGCGUAUAUUUAACUGUUGAGCUUUUGCAUGCAGUUAUUCCAAAUUAAUUUUAAAAUUGUUGGUUACAAGUACAAUGAUAUAUUUUGCAGGAUGAUACGAAAGGGGACUACAAACGCGUCUUACUCACUCUCGUGUCUUAGAGCAUAAUACCUAUAAAAUGUUAAGAAUUCGCCUUGCGUCAAUGUUCCAAUAAAAUUGCCUCUACAUUGUACAACUGUAAAAUAAAUGCUU